AUGAAUCACAAGUUCGCGUCAUCUAACAAGCACGCCCUCAGGAUCAAGAAUCACCUAAAUGCCCAAGAGGAUAUCGAGGAUGGGAAACCCCCAUUCUCGGCCUGCACCACUGAUCGCGAGGCAUGGCGUCUGGUUGUCGAAAAGGACCUUGGACGUUUGAAGUGGAAAUACCUGAACACUCAGAAUGAACGAGAUUCUAGACCACAGGAUUUGGUUUCACGGUUCUUUCUUGGACUUCCUCUGGCAAUUCCAGAUUCUGAAGCAACAAAGAGCCCAUCUCAAUCUAUCUCCAAUGGUCUCCGAUUCCAUAGCCGUCUCCAGGUCGCUGGACGUGGUUGCUGGGCGGAUGACUUGAAAUGUAUUGUCUUUGUAACUCCGAUGCUGAUCAUGUCUUGGUACAUCACUGGUGCUGAGAUUGACGAAGCUUAUGCCAUUGAGUUAGCCAAUUAUCUUUUCACAAUUCAGGACCCAACGGACGGUGGGUUUCCCACGCAUAUAGGAGGGAAGACCACGCUCAUGGGCACCAUGUUGAUCUAUGUUGCUCUGCGCCUAAUGGGCAUUCCCUCUGAUGAGAAGCAUCUCAUCAAAGCAAGAGCAUGCUUCUUGGAAAUGGGCGGUGCCGUGUACCUACCCAGCUGGGCGAAGUUCUGGCUCUCUCUUCUUGGCUUGUAUGGGUGGGAAGGAACUGACCCCUAUCCCGUCGAACUCUGGCUUCUCCCUGAAUGGACACCCAUCAGUCCAUGGAGAUGGUAUAACAUUGUACGCCAGGUUUAUUUACCAAUGUGCUACCUCUCCAGUAAAAGGUUCACCAUGCCAUCAAACCCUCUUCUGGACGAAAUCAGAACAGAAAUAUUCACUGAGCCAUAUUCGUCUAUCAAAUUUGCUUCUCUGCAGGGAUGCGUCCUCGAGUGUGAGCGUCAUCAGCCGCAGAGCCGCGUUCUACGCACAGCUAGCUGGGCAUUGUCCAACGUGUGGAAUCCAUGGCUGCGCCCGAGAGUUCUGGCUGUAAGUGCUGAGCGAAGAGCUUUGGAAAUCAUCAAGGCGUCAGAUAAUACUUUCAACGGUACUGGAUUGAUCAGUCUAGACUGUUUCUUGAAUAUGAUUGUGUUCUAUUGCGAGGAAGGGCCCAACUCUAAGAAGCUGAAACAAAGUCAAGAAAGAACUCUUGAAUAUCUUUGGUUCAGUCCACAGGGGAUGCAAGUCCAGAGCAUUCAUGGUGCACACACUUGGAAUACAUCUUUCGCUCUUCAAACCCUCGUAAUAUCAGGGGUUUCAGACCAUCCUGACCUGAGAGGUUGCACGGAAGAUGCUUACAAAUUCCUGCUCGAGCAACAGUUCCUUGAUGACUGGCCUGACUCACCUCCGUGCCAUCGUUCUAGUCGCUUAGGUGGAUGGCCGUUCACCACGAGAUAUCAUGGAUCAACUUGUUCAGACUGUACUGGAGAAGCAUUGAAGGCAAUUUUGCUCGUUGAAAGUCAAACGAACAUCCCUCGCCUUAGCACCGAGAAAAACAUCCGGCUGGCAAUCGAUCAUAUGCUCAUGAUCCAAAAUGCAUCUGGAGGAUAUAGCUCCUUCGAGCCCAUUCGCAGUGGCCCUUUCUUGGAACAUCUGAAUGGGACCGAGCUUUUUGCCAACGUAAUGACGGAAUACGAUUACACCGAAACCACCUCUUCAUGCAUCACUGCACUGAGCCUCUUCAGAGAACGUGAUAGCAGCUACCGAGCAGAGGAGGUGGUGAACGCCAUCGACCGUGGUGUUCGCUUUAUCCAUCAAAAUCAACAGAUCGAUGGAGGUUGGCUUGCGUCCUGGGGGAUUGCUUACACUUACGGUGCCUUUUUUGCCUUGGAGGCACUUCACUGUGCCAACGAAACAUAUGAAAACCAUGCUGUUGUCAAACGGGGGUGCGACUUUAUCCUUGACAAGCAAAAGGAGGACGGCGGAUGGGGGGAAACUAUUGAGUCCAUUAUGAAGAAGACUUAUAUCCAGGCAGAAUCUUCCCACGUGGUGCAGACGGCUUGGUGUUGUAUGGCACUAAUCUACGCCGACUAUCCCGAUCCUGAGCCAAUCAGGCGAGGAAUUCGGCUUAUAAUGAGCCGACAAAAGCCAAGUGGUGAAUGGGAGCAGGAAGCAGGUGUGGGAGCAGGCAUUUUCACCUGUCAACUAUUCUAUUACAACUAUAUCUACUCUUUUCCUAUCAGGGCCAUUGCUCUGUAUACGCAGAAAUAUGGUGACGAUAAGCUUCUCUGA